GAAGUCAUGCUCAUUAAACUGACAGCAGAAAGAGCUGAUCAGGAGGAAAUAGCAGAAGUCUUUGGUUUUCCUGUGCCAAUUCUCUGGCUGGAUGAGUGAUAUUUAGAUAAUGAGAGAACACAUCUGUUAUCAUCUCUAACCUGGAAGCGUAACAGUGGCAUUUAAAUAGCUUUAGCUGCUGUUUUUUCUCGUUCUUCUGAGCUGUUAUUGUGGAGCGACACACGAUCAGCGAUGAUGAAUAAUUAACCCAAAGAUCAGCUCGAGUGAAAGUUUAUUCAGAUCUCGGUUUGAUUGUGAUGUAACUGGAGGAGAAGUUACCGAGCCCGGGAUCUCUUUACAACAGGAAACAGAGAAAGACAAUCUCAUUUUGUUCUCCUGUUUAAAAGAUAUCGAACACUGUGUGGAUUGUCUAGUUUCAUCAUUAACUGUGGUUUGCAGCUUUGGAGUAUGGUCUGAGUGUUGUCCUGUCAUGGCCUGCAGUGUUGCUAAAGCAGGCUCUGCUAAUGGCUUCCCUAUGAAAGCGCAGCUGCAGAUCGUGGUGAUCUCGGCCAAACUCAAGGACAACAAGAAGAAUUGGUUUGGCCCGAGUCCGUAUGUGGAGGUGUGUGUGGACGGCCAGUCCAAAAAGACAGAGAAAUGCAGCAACACACACUCGCCCAAAUGGAAGCAGCCGCUCACUGUGAUCGUGACUCCGUUCAGCAAGCUGAUCUUCCGUGUUUGGAGUCACCAGACGCUGAAGUCUGAUAUUCUCCUGGGUGUGGCCACCCUCGACAUCAGCCAGACGCUCAAAACACACGACAUGAAGAUCUGUGAGGUGGUGCAGAUGCUGAAGCUGUACACAGACAGAGAUCAGUCGGACCACAUCGGGGAUCUGUCCGUGUGUUUGGACGGUCUGACGGUGGAUCCCGAAGCGUUCCAGUCGGCCGAGGCCAACAACAAGAAUACUUUAAACGGGGAAUCUGAGAUUCAUGAAGACUUAAGCAGAAGAAGCAGAGAUCCAUCUCCAUCGGUCUCAGACGCUCAGGAUCAGUCGUUGGCUCCGAACGGCCGUGUGAACGGAAUGGACUCUCCUUCGGUGUCAUCCAGAGGGUCGCGACCCCUGAGACCCCCGCGACCCUCACGACCUCCCCCGCCGACCCCACACAGACCCACGUCUUCCCCAGCUUCCUCUACCGGCUCAUUUCCUGACAGCAGCGAUUCGUCCAGAUCAGACACUCCGGUUCGGAAUCCCACUGGAGGCGGAGCCUCGGAGUCAAGCCCCGCCCCCACAGUGGAGCAGCCUGGAAGGACGUCCCUCAGUAUAGUCCCCGCCCCCAGCAGGACUCCCAGCGUAGCCAACACUGGACCUCUGCCUCCCCACUGGGAGCAGCGUGUCGAUCAGAACGGCCGUUUAUAUUAUGUUGACCAUGUAGCAAAGAAGACGACGUGGGAGAGACCAGAGACUCUGCCGGUGGGCUGGGAGCGGCGUGUGGACCCGAUGGGCCGGGUGUAUUUUGUGGACCACAUUAGCAGAACCACCACGUGGCAGCGGCCCACGAUGGAGACGGUGAGAAACUACGAGCAGUGGCAGCACCAGCGCAGUCAGCUGCAGGGAGCCAUGCAGCAGUUCAACCAAAGAUUCAUCAUCGGGGAUCAGGUUUCAGCCACCCAAAAUAAAGAGUUCGACCCACUGGGACCUCUUCCACACGGAUGGGAGAAGAGAACGGACUCUAAUGGCAGAGUUUACUUCGUUCAUCACUCCACCAGAACGACGCAGUGGGAGGAUCCGCGCACACAAGGUUUGCUAAACGAUAAGCCACUGCCUGAAGGUUGGGAGAUGAGGUUUACGGUCGAUGGGAUCCCUUACUUCGUAGAUCACACCCGGAGAACCACCACUUACAUCGACCCUCGGACUGGGAAAUCCUCUCUUGAGAACGGCCCUCAGAUCACAUACGUACGAGACUUCAAAGCCAAAGUUCAGUACUUCAGAUUCUGGUGUCAGCAAUUAUCGAUGCCACAGCACAUAAAAAUCACCGUCACCCGCAAAACGCUGUUUGAAGACUCCUUCCAGCAGAUCAUGAGUUUCAACGCUCAGGAUCUCCGGCGCAGACUGUGGAUCAUCUUCCCCGGGGAGGAGGGGCUUGACUAUGGAGGCGUGGCCAGGGAGUGGUUCUUCCUGUUGUCUCACGAGGUGUUGAACCCCAUGUACUGUCUGUUUGAAUACGCUGGCAAAGACAACUACUGCCUCCAGAUAAACCCCGCCUCCUACAUCAACCCCGACCACCUCAAAUACUUCCGGUUCAUUGGACGCUUCAUCGCCAUGGCCUUGUUUCAUUCGAAAUUCAUCGAUACAGGCUUCUCACUGCCGUUCUACAAGCGCAUCCUGAACAAGCCCUUGACUCUGAAAGACCUGGAGUCCAUUGACCCAGAGUUUUACAACUCGCUCAUCUGGAUCAAGGAUAAUAACAUCGAGGAGUGCGGGCUGGAGAUGUUUUUCUCGGUGGAUAAGGAGAUCCUGGGUGAGGUGUCAACUCACGAGCUGAAGCCGGACGGCGGGAACAUCCAGGUUACAGAGGAGAACAAGGAGGAGUACAUCAGGCUGGUGGCUGAGUGGCGUCUAUCUCGUGGUGUCGAGGAACAGACUCAAGCCUUUUUUGAAGGAUUUAAUGAGGUUCUUCCACAGCAGUACCUGCAGUAUUUCGAUGCCAAAGAGCUGGAGGUGAUGUUGUGUGGAAUGCAAGAAAUCGAUCUGAAUGACUGGCAGAGAAACACCAUUUACAGACAUUACACUUCCACCAGUAAACAGAUCCUGUGGUUCUGGCAGUUUAUUAAAGAGAUGGACAAUGAGAAGCGCAUGAGACUGUUGCAGUUCGUCAGUGGUACCUGCCGUCUACCUGUAGGAGGAUUUGCAGACCUGAUGGGGAGUAAUGGACCUCAGAAGUUUUGCAUCGAGAAGGUUGGGAAGGAGAACUGGCUUCCUCGCAGCCACACAUGUUUUAAUCGUCUGGAUCUGCCGCCUUACCGCAGUUACGAGCAGAUGAAGGAGAAGCUGAUGUUUGCGAUUGAGGAGACGGAAGGUUUCGGACAGGAGUGAGACGCUCUCUCUCACUCACACACACACACUCACACACACACACACACACACACAAACAGAGGACAUCCAGAUCUUAUGCACACUAGUUUUACUGAGAAGACAGACGAUGAUCUGACACACGGGGGUUUCUGCGCUCACCUGUCACUUGGUAUUCAGUUCUGUAUCCCUCUGAGUUGAGGAGGCUUUAUGCAAGCGUGUCAGAUACGUGAUUCUGACGUUUCUACAUGUGAUUAAUGUUCUCUACGACUCCAGAGGAAAGAGCAGACUCUCUGAAGAGUCCCAGGACGAUCGGAUUGAUUCACCGGAGCGCUGUGAAUGUGUGUUUUUAUGUUCACAAACCCUACGAUGGGCCUCCUUGUGCCUUUUUUCCUCACUGUCAUCCAAACAAACGCAGUUAUUAAAGUGUAGCGCUCGACAACAGCAGGAUCUUCAGGUGACAACUCUGAUGGCUUAUUGCACAACUUGCCUAAAAUAUUAAUUAAAACUGUCAAGAACUGGCCAGUUUCACCCCAAAAUCAUUUAGAAAUUAUAUUUUGCUAAAAUAUAAAGACAAUUGAGGCAAUUAGCAUUGUGACUUUAAAAUUAAAUCAUGUUCAUGAUGAUUAAACACAUUUUUUUCAAAUUGUCAUUUAAAAAAUGUGUUUUUUACUUGGUCUUGUAACUGUUCAGUGAAAAAUACAGUGUGUGUGUGUGUGUGUGUGUGUGUGUGUAUAUAUACUUUUAAUUGUCUUGUAGUGAAUUUCUGCUGUUCUAAAGAAAAAGAAAACUUAAAUCAAACUAAUACAUUUAUUAAUUCAACUACAUCAAUUUUUUUCAAAGUUUUUCCACAUUAUGCUUGUGUAAAUUUGUAAUCCGAUUGAUUUUCAUGAAAAUACUGUUGCAAUGCAAAAUAUUUUUACGUAAUGGUCUUUAUGCACAGUACAAUUUUAUUUUCAUACAUUCAUAUCUAUGCAUAUAAACUGUAGAUAUGAGUUACAUAUAAAUCAACUAUUGAAUAUAUAUAUAUAUUAAAAAUAAAGUUUAUUAACAUUUUACAAAUAUAUAUAUAUAUACA